UCCUUCCGCAGAGUUUCAUUCCCUCAAUCGCUCGCUCCCUUUCUGCAUCGGAAAUAUUUCCAUCUUCCCCCCUACUCUCUAUCUCUCUAGAAAACACUUCACCGUCUUCUUUGCCAAAUGCUUUCUAGGGUUUCACUCUCGAACGUUGAGUGAAGACGUCUGGUCUUGUCGCUGCAGUAUCUUGUCAGCUAAGGCUAAGAAUCAAAUCUAAAAAUGGAAUCUUCUGACGAAGAGGGUGAAAUAUUACCUCAUGUGACGGACUAUCAUCUUAUUGAUCAUGAGAACAAGCCUGUUUCCUUUUCUGUUUUGCCUCUCCUGUGGUCGGACGAUGAUAUUUCAGUUGAAUUGCAAACUCAAGUACACUUACGUGGGAUGGUAGAUGAUGGGCUUCAACACAUCUGUAAGGAGGUGACUGCAUGGAAGUAUGAACUCUCCUAUGUGCAUCCUGAGAUCUAUGUUCUUUCCAAGGAUAAGAGGUGGCUACAGCUCGACAGUCCGAAGAAGUCGUUUCACCAAACUAUAAGAACUAUUUUGGUUACUGUCUACAGUCUUCAUUUUGCAAAGAAAUCCCCCCAGGAGUCUUAUGUAUCCAUGUGGAGUCAUUUGCAAAACCUGAAAGCUUUCAGGAGGUAUGAUGUCAAACCUUCUCAUGAAGAUCUGUUGGAUCAUGUACCAUUGAUCAUGGAAGCUGCCAAAAGAGAUAAAGACUUGGCGAAAUCUGUGUGUCUGGUCACUUUUCUCGAGGAACAUCAGGCCCAUAGACUUUCACGAAAGGACAUUCCAGCUGAAAGAAAAUCCAACUUCAUAGUAGCCAAUAAUGAUAAUGGCGGUACCUUGGAUUCUCAAGACGAAAGUGAGGAAGAAUUUUUUGAUACAAUGUGUGCGAUUUGUGAUGAUGGGGGAAAAGUACUUGCUUGUGAAGGGAGAUGCAUGAGAUCCUUUCAUGCGACUUUAGGUGCUGGGAUUAACUCUUCGUGUAAAACUCUUGGCUUCAUCGAUGAUGCUCAAGUCGAAGCUAUUCCCAGAUUCUUUUGUAACAACUGUAAGUAUAAAAUGCACCAAUGCUUUGCAUGUGGAGAGUUGGGUUCUUCUGACAGUGCUUUAGGUGCAGAGGUUUUUCCUUGUAUUUCUGCAACUUGUGGCCAUUUCUAUCACCCAGAAUGUGUAUCACAACUGAUCCAUCGCGGUGAUGAAAGGCGGGCUCAAAAGCUUAAAGAGAACAUUGCUGCAGGCGAAUCAUUUACUUGUCCAGUUCAUAAAUGUGUUAUUUGUCGGCAAGGUGAAGAUAAAGAGGUUCAUGAAUUGCAGUUUGCAGUCUGUAGACGCUGCCCUAAGGCCUACCACAGAAAGUGCUUACCUCUGUCUAUUUCUUUCAUGAGUGAUGGAAGUCAGAAUAUUAUCCAAAGGGCUUGGGAAGGUUUUUUGCCAAAGCGAAUCCUUAUAUACUGUAGGAAUCAUACCAUAGAUAGAAGGCUUAGGACACCAGCUAGAAAUCACUUAAAAUUUCCUAAUGGUGGACUGAAGAUGAAAGGGAUGCUUACUUACAAAGUGGGCAUUGAUGAUUUGAAGAGAAGCAACACUUCUGAAAAUCAAGCAAAGGAAAAAGCUGUUGCGAAGAUGCCAAAAUCAGUUGAUGACGUUUUUAGAAAAGGUAAAAUUGGUGUUGUCAGAGAAAGUUCAAAAAUUGGAGCUACAACAAAAGUAAGCAGAAUUGAUGCUGUAAAGAAGUCAUUGACGAUCAACAAGUCCCUAGGUAAAAAAGGUGGAAAGUUCAUAGUGAAGAGAAGCUCACAGGAAGACAGUGUCUCAUCAUCUAAGUCAGUGCCAUAUUUGGAGAAGAAAAGGCGGAAGAUUAUGCCUAGCUCAAUCUCAGAUAGGACUGUGAUGGAAAAAGAGAGAAAUUCCGCAAGCAGUGCAAUGGAAGAUCGAAUGUUGGCUUUUAUUGAGCAAGCCUCUUGCGAAUUUAAUGCCGAAAGAUUAGCGGGGAAGCAGAGCAUAUCCGCAUCACAUGCUCCUGGUUCAAAGUUCAUUUUGGACAAGACCAUAACACUGAGCAAGGUCGAGGGCUUUGUGAAGGCGAUUCGAACAGCAUUGCAGAAGCUAGAAGAAGGAUGUGCAAUUGAGGAAGCUAAAGAAAUAUGUGAACCAGGGAUCCUCAGACAGAUACUUAUAUGGAAGAAGAAGUUGAAAGUGUAUCUUGGACCAUUUAUUCAUGGUCCACGCUAUACAUCAUUUGGACGCCAUUUCACUAAAGUGGAGAAGCUUCAGGAGAUUGUCAAUAGGCUCCAGUGGUACGUGCAAAAUGGGGACACUAUAGUGGAUUUCUGUUGUGGUUCUAAUGAAUUCAGUUGUCUAAUGAAAGAAAAGCUCGACAAAAUAGGGAAGUGCUGCUUUUUCAAAAACUACGAUCUGUUCCCUCCCAAGAUUCUUUUUCAAUUUGAGAAGAGAGAUUGGAUGUCUGUCAAUGUAGAGGAAUUACCAGAUGGAUCUCAACUGAUUAUGGGCCUUAAUCCACCUUUUGGUGUCAAUGCGUCUCUGGCAAAUCAGUUCAUCAAAAAAGCUCUUACAUUCAAGCCUAAGCUCCUCAUUCUUAUAGUCCCACGAGAAACCAAACGACUUGACAUUGGAGCCGAUCCAUAUGAUUUGCUUUGGGAGGACUGUGAGCUGCUAUCGGGAAAGUCGUUUUACCUUCCAGGAUCUAUUGAUGUGCACAACAAACGGCUGGAGGAUUGGAAUCUAACAACCCCACCUCUUUAUCUUUGGAGUCGUCAUGAUUGGACUUCCAAGCACAAGACAAUAGCUGAAGAGCAUGGGCAUAUUUCCAAACAAGAAUAUGUUAGACAUGAAGAAACAAAUGCCGGAGCAGCCAUCUCAAACUAUCUGAUGGAAGAAAAUUAUGAUUGCUAUCAGGAUUACUCCUCUGCAGUGAAUGCCAACAACGAUUUGUCCAGCAUAUUCGAUGAUUUUCCAGAUGAUGAUGCCAUUGAUGGAGUUGGCCCGCUCAUUGCCAAUUCCAAGAGUUUUCUGGAAUGUGUACCACCCGUAGCUUUUGAAAACCCGAUGGCGAAACCGCAAGCAGGAUUUUGGAAUCUCCAACCGAACCAUCAUGGACAUGUUCCCACGCAGUCCGACCAUCACAGAGCUUUCGAAGUUCCAGGAAUGCGACCGCCAGGCAGCUUUUGGAAUCUCCAAUCGAACCAUCAUGGACAUGUUCCCACGCAGUCCCACCAUCACAGAGCUUUUGAAGUUCCAGGAAUGCGACCGCCAGGCAGCUUUUGGAACCAACCAAAUUCUCAUGGUUCCACAGAGUAUGGGACGACUUCGCUGCAUCUAGGAGGUAUUGCUUUACCUAACCAGCAAUCUGCCUCGCAGCCAUUUGGUUACUGGCCGCGGCCUUCAUCCUGUGAACAGCCGCCGCAGUUUCCCUUUUGAUAAAAUACUAAAUAGCGUGCAGUUUGGACUCUCGGUGGCAGCAUAACUCUGUAUCUCAUCUUCUUCUGAUGGUGACUUGUACAUGCUGUCUGCUAUCCUUAAAGACCAUUUAGCUAAACUAAAAUCGACUUAGCGAACAUAGCGUUCUUUUAUGAUAUUUUAGAGUGGCAGGAGUUUUUUUUUUUUUUCUUCCCUAGUACAUUUCUCUUU